AUGAGUUCCCCAAUCUCAUCCUCUGGCUUCUCGACGCCAUCGUCCUUCACCGGCGGCCUCCCGAUGGCCCGCCGCACCAUGCAACGUUCGGCCUACUACUUUGCGUACGGCUCCAACAUAUCACCGACGCAGAUGGAGAGCCGCUGCCCGGGAAGCAUCGCCAAGGGCCUCGCGCUCCUGCCAGACUGGAGCUUCAUCGUCAAUGAGCGCGGCUUUGCCAACGUCAUCCCCACUGGCGCGCUAGCGCACGAGGUCGACGUGAUGCGUCGCAAGGGGUCCCUCUCGCCUGUUGCCGAGUCUCUCGAGAUCGGCGCUGAGGAAGGCGUCUGGGGUGUCCUGUACCACCUGUGCCCUGAGGAUGAAAAGAUGCUGGACAUCACCGAGGGCGCGGGCUUCGCGUGCAUCAAGUACUAUGCUGACGUUGAGGUGCUGCUGCCUGCCCGCCCGAGAUCGACUGGCUCAUCAUCGACGUCGUCAAGCGAGUCGGAAGCCGAGGCUAACAGUUACAUGGUCCCUGCGCUCAUCUACGUCGAUCGCCAUCGUGUCAAGCCCAGCAUGCCCAGGGAGGACUAUGUUGCAAGGAUGAACCGCGGCAUCGAAGAGGCACAGGCUCGAUAUGGGUUGCCCGAGGGUUAUGUGCAGAGGGCCAUUAGGCCGUUUAUUCCUUCGCGUUGA